AUGUAUAAACUCUCUUAUGUCGAGAUGAAUGAGUUAAAGAAACAACUCACUGACCUCCUGGCUAAAGGAUUUAUCAGACCGAGUAUGUCACCCUUUGGCACACCUGUGUUAUUUGUACACAAGAAAAACGGAAUGCUACAUCCUUGUGCAGACCAUAGAGCAUUGAACAAACAUCAACUAUAUGCUAAGGCAAAGAAAUGCGAAUUAUUUCGUAAGAAGGUAGAAUAUACUGAACAUUCCAUAUCUGAAGAAAGUAUUACAGUCAACCCAAGAAAAGUUAAUGUAAUUAGAAAUUGGUCUACACCUACCAAUACAUCUGAAAUAAGAUCAUUUCUGGAGAUCGCCAGUUAUUAUCGACAAUUCAUAUCAGGUUUUUCAGCGAUUGUAACACCAUUAACUGCACUUCUUCAUAAAGGCCAACCACUCGACUGGACAUCUAUUAUACACGAAGCAUUUGACACACUGAAAGGAAAAUUAUCCACUACUCCCGUACUAUUAAUACCCGAUCCAACAAAACCUUUCACUCUCACUACAGAUGCCUUCGACUUUGCUAUUGGAGCAGUGUUAACUCAAGAUCAUGAAAAAGGUAAACAACCUGUCACUUAUGAGUCAAGAAAGUUAUCAGCAGCUGAACAGAAUUACACCACCCAUGAAAAAGGAUUAUUAGCUAUUCUUCGUGUUAUUAGAUUAUGGUGUAUGUAUCUAGAAGGACAACAAUUUACUGUCAUAACAGAUCAUGCCUCUCUUGAAUAUAUCAAGACACAAUCUAACCUCUCAAAUACUCGUACCAAGCAUUUUGAAAUACAAAAAAACGGCUAUACCUCAAAG